UUCUGUAUCUAGUGGCCAGAUGAUUACGCAAAGUAUGUAGUGGGGUCUGUCUCCGCUAUGGAAGGAAAUAAGGAAGAAAGUAAGCGUUGUAUUGAACUAGCACAAGCACACAUCGCAAAAGGAUCGAAAGAGAAAGCAUUAAAAUUUCUGUACAAGGCUGAACAUCUUUACCCAUCCAAAGCAGCGAAAGAUCUCAUAGAGCAGCUUCAAAAAUUAAACGGUGCCACACCGAACAGUCAUGAGGAUCCUUCUACCCCUCGUGCAAGCAGUCCUGGCAGACCUCCAUCAUCUCCUAAUCUAAGACAGAGAAGCAAGUCAGCAGAAGACCAAGCGAGUGCUUCAGGAGACCGCAAAAUGGAGUACACAAAAAGUCAGCUUGAAGCUGUCAAAAGAACAAAAAGUUGUAAAGACUACUACGAAAUCCUGGGCGUGAGCAGGGAUGCGGACGAUGAGCUUCUAAAGAAGCAGUACCGUAAGCUGGCACUGCAGGUGCACCCAGAUAAAAACAAGGCUCCAGGUGCAGGUGACGCUUUUAAAGCUAUUGGCAAUGCCUAUGCCGUCCUCAGCGAUCCUGAAAAGAGGAAGCUUUACGACAUCAAUGGCAACCGACCUGCACAGCAUCACAUGUACUCCAAUGACAGCUACGACUAUAGUCGCGGUUUCGAGGGAGACAUCUCUCCCGAGGAACUGUUCAACAUGUUUUUUGGAAAUGCAUUUUCAAGCAAUGUGUAUGUCAGGAGAGGGCCAAGGUUCCACCAACGACAACAGCAUGGGCAUUCUUCAACAGAGGCACAGCAUGAAAGCAGUUACGGAGUCCUUCUGCAGAUGAUGCCCAUUAUUGUUCUCGUUGGGAUGUCACUUAUGUCCAGCUUUCUUGUCUCUGAUCCACCAUACAGCCUUGUCAAAACUGCGAAGUACCUGUAUGAACGCAAGACUUUAAACCUUCAGCUGCCGUAUUAUGUGAAAGAAAAUUUUAUGAGUGAAUACCGGAACAACAUCUACCGAAUAGAGAUGGAUGUUGAAGGGGAUCAUGUUGCAAACCUGAGGAGCUCUUGUUACCGGGAGAAAAAUUAUAAGGAGUCUCUAUUGUGGAGAGCAAAAAGCCUGCGAGAUGCCAACUUGGAAGAGCGUGCCCAGAACUACCACAUGCCUUCAUGCGAUCGGCUGGCCGAGCUGCACCAGAUACGCGCCUGAGUUUGACAGCCUACGUUGACAGCCGCAUUUUUUAUUUGUGCACCUGCUCCCUGCCUACCCCGUUUUGUACAUAAGCACCCUCUCUCCUCGGACAGCUCUUUGGCAGAGACACUUGUAUAAUAAUUAUACAUAGAUAUAAGUAACAAAAUGAAAGGCAGUCAAGAGGGGACAGCAGUGUAUGUGUCUGUUCUUGAGCUGCUGCUGCCACAGUUCGAUGUGACUGGACAACUAUUCCUACGACAUUUGAUGGCAAGACCCCCCCUCCUUCCGCUGCGUUUGUGAAGGUGUGGGACGCUGCGUGGAAAUGUUUCAUUUUCAUGGAAUGUGAUCCAUUUGUGCAUCCUGGUUGAUGCUCCGGUGUGUAACGAUAAACUCUCUGGUUUGUUGGUUUGUUUGUUUGCUAGAGUCGUGAUGAGUGUUUCCGCUUAAUUUAUGUACAAAGGAACUUAUAGCAGAGUUCAUGCUAGAUCAUGGUUUUUAUCCCCCACGGAGAAGAAGGAAGUCGCGUGCCUCUGCAUGCUGGUCCCGUGUUCAAGAAAUUUAUGAGCAUGUUCAGAUUCUCAUUCACAUGCAGAGGUAUUGUUCUCAGAGUUUUUGAAAUAAAACUGAUGACCAGAGUUUGGAGCUGA